CGGCCGUUAAAGCGCGCUGGCCCUGUGGUCCAGCCCAGGGAUGAAGCAGCUGUGCUGUUCUUGUCUGUUGUGGCUUGGACUCCUAAUGGCUCCUUUCUCCCUGGAACAAGAGAUCUCCAGACCCAGGAGGCUGUGCGGCAGGCACCUGCUGUUAGAAGUUAUAAAACUCUGUGGCCAAAGUGACUGGAGCCGGUUCGAGAUGGACGAGCAAACUCCUAUGACGCAGUUCGCUCCCCACCACUCAGGGAAGGUCAAAACCUUCAACCCUCACCGUUCUUCCUCCACCUGGGGAAGAUUCACAGACCCAGUCCCCGCAGGCGUCUCUCAGGAGAAAGUAACACACGCUUGGGAAGCUCAGCCACUGCCGGACUAUCAGUUUAAAAAGGCGGAGUUGCUUCCUAAGACAAGAGUGUUUUCAUACCACAGCGGCAAGCCCUAUGUUAAGAGUGUAAAACGUCAGAAGAGAAGCACAAACAAAAUGAAUACCUUCAGCAGUUUACUUUGGGGGAAUCAUUCCCAAAGGAAGCGCAGAGGUUUUGCAGAUAAAUGCUGUGUUAUAGGAUGCACCAAAGAAGAGCUGGCCGUUGCGUGUCUCCCGUUAGUUGAUUUUUAAACCUUAACGAUUAAACAAACAUCACUGUACAAACUGUCAUAGAAACUGUGCUCACUUAAUAAAAGCUUACUAAAUCUAA